GCCUUAUCUGCUUCUCUCUCUCCAGUGGUCUCAAAUCUCUCUGUGUGAUCCCACUUGUCAUCCUCCUCCACAACAUAAAGCUUGAGACCAUAACCCUUUAGCGUUUUCGGCUAAAGCUUUCGCUGACUACUACAACAAUGGCGUCCUCAUCCCUUUCCCCUGCUACUCAGGUUCACUCUUGAUCGUUCGAAUCGAAACAAUCGGGUCUCUUCGUAUAGGAAUUUGGGUUUUUGAAAGUUUGGUUUUUUUUUUUGGUGGCAGCUUGGUUCUAGCAGAAGUGCUUUGAUGGCGAUGUCAAGUGGGUUGUUUGUGAAGCCAACGAAGAUGAAUCAUCAAAUGGUUAGAAAAGAGAAGAUUGGAUUGAGAAUUUCUUGUCAAGCGUCGAGUAUUCCAGCAGACAGAGUUCCAGAUAUGGAAAAGAGGAAGACUUUGAAUCUUCUUCUUCUUGGGGCUCUUUCUCUACCUACUGGCUACAUGCUUGUCCCUUACGCUACCUUCUUUGUUCCUCCUGGAACCGGAGGUGGAGGUGGUGGUACUCCAGCCAAGGAUGCCCUUGGAAACGAUGUAGUUGCAGCGGAAUGGCUUAAGACUCAUGGUCCCGGUGACCGAACCUUGACCCAAGGAUUAAAGGGAGAUCCGACUUACCUAGUUGUAGAGAACGACAAGACUCUAGCGACAUACGGUAUCAACGCAGUGUGCACUCAUCUUGGAUGUGUUGUGCCAUGGAACAAAGCUGAGAACAAGUUUCUAUGUCCUUGCCAUGGAUCCCAAUACAACGCCCAAGGAAGAGUCGUUAGAGGUCCAGCCCCAUUGUCGCUAGCGUUGGCUCACGCGGAUAUAGAUGAAGCUGGGAAGGUUCUUUUUGUUCCAUGGGUGGAAACUGACUUCAGGACUGGUGAUGCUCCAUGGUGGUCUUAAGACUCUUCAACAAGAAAAAGAGAAAGAUUUGGUCUUUUUGUGUAAGACUUGUUUGAAUGUUCUUAUAAUGUAUAAGCUACAUUUCAUCGCAAUUACUCUGUGAAUUCUUGCCUCUUAUAUGAAAUAUUAUGUUCAUUCACUUCCCA